UGUAACAAACGGGGCAUCUGCGAGGAAAACCCAUUCUUUCCUAACAUUGCCAAGCACCGCGGCAGCUAGCGAAAUGUAUAAACACGGUUCCAGAAGAAAACCUACAUCCACAUAGCAUUUCAAUGCUGCCAUGGCGCUGAAACCGCAGGUGGCGGACAAGGCGGAGGAGAAAAGCGCUUUCUUCAUCAGCGCUGAGGAGGAGGAGGAGGAGGGCCACCAUGAACUUAUACUACAGAAAGGCAACGCUUUGGCGUCCGAGGACUGCCUCAAGGAGGCCAUCGACUGGUUCUCCGCCGCGAUGCGCUACGGCCCGGUGCGUCCCGAGCAGCUAAGCACUUUUGUGGACUGUAUCCUCCGCAACUUCAAGAGGAAAGCCCCCGGGCCGCAGUCCACGGCGGGCCGGAGUCCGGACGCGGCGGCGGCGGCGUCGGCGGCGGCGUCGGCGGACGGUCCCGAGGACCUGGCGGUGUUCGACUGCCCCAACUGUCGCGGCUUUCUGGGCGAACCUGCGACGGCGGCGUGCGGACAUUCGUACUGCAAAAGGUGUUUACAGCGGCGCCUCGUCUCCAAGUGCAGGCUGUGCGACGAGCCCGUCGGGGGCGAGGAGAAAGCCAACGUAGCUCUGUGUGGACUGCUGGAGAAAUGGUUCCCCGACGAGCUGAAGAAGUUGAAAACGUUACAAGAAGCGGAAGCGUCGUGCGAGAGGAAACUCUACAGCGAAGCCGUGUCGCUCGCGAGCGACGUUCUCCGCUCAGAUCCAAACAUGACCGCUGCUCGUCUUUCCCGGGCGGAGGCGUACACGGCUCUCAAGCAGUACCGGCUGGCGUUGGAGGACGCAGAGUUCUGCUCCAGGUCCAGGUAUCCGGCCGAGGCUCUGUUCCGGAAAGCUAUGGUGCUGCAUGAAAUGGGUCAGGUAGACGAGUCUCUCCAAGUCUUCCUCCACUGCCUGACUCUCGACGAGGACUUCCCAGGUGCUAAAAGAAAAGUGGAAAAGAUCCUGUGCGACCUCCUCUCCCCGGCUGAUGAGAAUGUUAAAGUGGGCCUGAGAGAAACGACCCAGAACACAUUGCCCCACCUGCGCAAUAAGCAUCUGGUGACCGACGCCCAAGCUCAGCCGCAGAACGUGACUCAGAGGCAACAGCAGCAUCAGCAUCAGGUCCGCGGCGCCUCUGCGCACCAUGUGGACGGCCAGGAGAAACGAUGCGAAAGCCUGGAGCGGUCCGGCCUGAGCCGAGCCCAAUCGCUCCGAAUGCACGGCUCCCACUGUAGCGAAGAGGGGCUGAAGAGGGUGAGCUCGGCUCCUCAGCUGGGCGACCAGGACAAGGGGGGUCUGCUGAAGAGGAAGCUGUCUGUGUCGGACAUUGAAUCGUAUGUGGUGGACAGCGGCAGUAGCAAAUAUAAGAAACAAGGUGUAUCAAAAGGCUCCAAGCAUAAACCAGCCAAAGCAAAAACCUGCAGAAGUGUUCCUAAGGAUCUGCUGGACGCCAACGACCUGGAGUGCUCCCUCUGCAUGAGGUUGUUCUAUGAGCCGGUGACCACGCCGUGCGGCCACACCUUCUGUAAAAACUGCUUGGAGCGCUGCUUGGACCACACCCCCCAGUGUCCCCUCUGCAAAGAGAGCCUCAGAGAGUAUCUGGCGUGCAGGAAGUACGUGGUGACGACCGUCCUGGACGUCCUGAUAAAGCAGCUUUUCAGCCAGGAGUACGAAGAGAGGACGAAAACACACCUGGAGGAGAACAGAGAGCUUUCUGACCUGACGAAGAAUGUGCCUAUCUUUGUCUGUACUAUGGCUUACCCCACUGUGCCUUGUCCCCUCCACGUCUUUGAGCCCCGCUACCGCCUCAUGAUCCGCCGCUGCAUGGACACGGGCACGCGGCAGUUCGGGAUGUGCAUCAGCGAUCCUCAGAAAGGGUUUGCAGAUUACGGCUGCAUGCUGAUCGUGAGGAGCGUCCAUUUCCUCCCCGACGGCCGCUCUGUGGUGGACACCAUCGGAGGGAAACGCUUCCGGGUUUUGUCCCGGGGAAUGAAGGACGGCUACAACACGGCAGACAUUCAGCACUUGGAGGACACCAAGGUGGAUGACAGCGAGGAACUAGAAAAGCUACAAGAGCUUCACGAUGCAGUUUAUGAACAGGCCCAAGUCUGGUUCCAGAACCUGAAGAUCCGCUUCCACAACCAGAUUCUGCAGCACUUCGGACCAAUGCCGGAGCGAGAGCCAGACAUCCAGGCAACUCCAAAUGGUCCUGCUUGCUGCUGGUGGCUGCUGGCCGUUCUGCCCAUCGACCCGCGGUACCAGCUCUCUGUCCUGUCGAUGACCAGCCUCAAAGACCGCCUGGUGAAGAUCCAGCACAUCCUCACAUAUCUGCAGAGCAUCCCUAACAACUAAGAGCUUCCCCACAGCCAACCUCCUCCUGGACUCCUCCUGGACUUUAAACGAGACAUUCAGCUGCAGCAUCAAUCAGCAUCUCAACAAUCUACAUUCUCCGACUACCAGCUGGCUUCCUUGUUUUCCUUUCUACCGUCACGAAACCCCCUGUAUUAAGAUUGCACACCGGUUCUGUGAAAGCAGAGGAGAAAAAAAAAAAAACACCCUCAAAAUGUCGAUCAAUAAAACAGACAUAUGGCCAAACCACCUCAGGGAUGCACUUUUUGCUAUAAAAUAAGUUCAACAAUUAAGGCAAUGCAGAUGUUUGCAUCUGUUCCCGCUCCUGAUGCGGUUGUGUUCGGAUCUUCCUUAAGGGUCGUUGAGAGGAGAAGCUACUUAUCCAGAUGAAGACAGCAGAGAGUAGUAUUUCUAACAAUUACAUUUGAAUGUCAGUUUUCUUUUUUUUUCACAAUUGGUAUAACUGAGGUGAAACCGUGUUUUGUUUUCUUUUCGAGCAGUGAAAGAACAGCUACUUUAAUCUGAAGGAGGGUGAAGCAGAAUCCUAAAUGCUGAAAGGUGAGGGGUGGGAGGGGGGCAGGAUGUUUAUUACGCGCCGUCACGUCUCACUUCAGAGCUGGCACACAGAGGCUCCGCCCUCACCCAGAGGAGCCGACCUGAGUGCAUCUAUAGGCUGACGCAUGCGCACCCAGCACUGCUGAGAGUAUUACUCCCUUCAAGGUUUCCCUUUCUUUAAGUUUAACGCUUGACACGCACAAACUUCCAUUGCUGCCUCCUCAGAGUGGCUAACGGACCUACGUGUUCACAGGAAGAAAUGGUCUGUACUUUAUUCCCGUUUUACUUUCAUGGUUCUUCCAGUUUCUUGAGAGCGUGACGCUAAAAUCUCAUGUCCUCGUCUUUUUUUUCUCUCAUCGAAUCAGUUGUGUUUUUUUUUUUUGUUUUUUUUUUUUUUUUUUUGCUUGGUUUUUGUGUCCUUGCUGCUCAGGCAAACAACAUUAUGGGUCUGGUUCCUCCGCAGUGUGUCGCCGGGAGGUUUGCCCCACACAAAAAGAGGCAAAGCAGAGUUAACCUUUUUGAAAUAAAGGCACGGUAGACCGUUUCUGAUCCAAGCAGCACAACAAAAAAAAGACGUCAAAGGUGAUCAUUCGUAUCGCUUUCGUUGUAAUCGGGAUAUCAGCAUGCGCGAUAUACUCUCUAUGACAACUGAUUACUAAGCCCAUCCGUCGUUGUUGCUCUUGCGCUUCAUUUAGGUGGGAGUUUUCAAAAUAUCCACAUGUUUUUUUUGCUUUUUUUUAAUCAUAUUUUCCUCUUGAAGGUCUAACCCAAACAAAUAUUUCCCGUUUAGAUUUAGAACCUAAUUUAUAUAAGGCUUAAUACCAUCCUACUUUAAUUAUAUACUAUAAAUAAUAUGGAAAUCUGGCCUAAUUCUGACAAAACAAGAUGAAAUAUACAUCAAAGGAGUAAGUUAUUCUUCAUUAAAAGCUGCUGAGUGUUUGAAGAAGAGAGGAGGGUACCUGCAGUGCUUCAGUCGGGGGGGAAGCUACAUUUGCCUUACAUCAUAUUAGUGGGAUUUCAGUAUCCUUAUGCGUUGGAUUGGUUAUCAUUCCCUUUUUUUUUUUUUUUUUUUGCCACAGCAUGAAUGUUUUUAUUUUUUUCUCACUUAGUUCGAGCUUCUACGUCUUCACAGUAUAAAAAUUGUGAGAGGAAAAAAAAAAUCUAUAUAUUAAGUUAAUGGUGUUUAAUGUAAAUCAUUUGUACAAAGCUUUUUUCGGACGGAUCUUGCUUUUUGCUAAAAUGUUUUAAGUUAUCUUUUUUUUCAAUAAUAAAUGCACUUUUUUCAAACAUAA